AUGUGCCAGCGGCGGGGGGCGGACAGUCCUAUCAGUGCCGGGCCGAGGACAGCUCAGAGCAAUCCCCGGUGCCUCUCCAUCGCACUCGCUCUCCUCCACCUCGGGCAAAGAGCAGCAUUGAAAUUCCAUUACAGCCUCCAUCAUGGCCGCCGCCGCCGCCACGGUCGCCCCACCUCCUCCAGCAGCUGUCUUUUUAACACAGCAAUCAGACUGGAAUAUGUGGGGAGGAGUGGAGAGGUGUGGAGAGAAGUGGGGAGGUGUGGGGAGGUGUGGAGAGGAGUGGGGAGGUGUGGGGAGGUGUGGAGAGGUGUGGAGAGGUGUGGGGAGGUGUGGAGAGGAGUGGAGAGGUGUGGAGAGGUGUGGGGAGGAGUGGAGAGGAGUGGGGAGGUGUGGGGAGGUGUGGAGAGGUGUGGAGAGGUGUGGAGAGGUGUGGGGAGGUGUGGAGAGGUGUGGAGAGGAGUGGGGAGGAGUGGAGAGGUGUGGAGAGGUGUGGGGAGGUGUGGAGAGGUGUGGGGAGGUGUGGAGAGGAGGGGGGGGGGGGGGGGGGGGGGGGGGGGGGGGGGGGGGGGGGGGGGGGGGGGGGGGGGGGGGGGGGGGGGGGGGGGGGGGGGGGGGGGGGGGGGGGGGGGGGGGGGGGGGGGGGGGGGGGGGGGGGGGGGGGGGGGGGGGGGGGGGGGGGGGGGGGGGGGGGGGGGGGGGGGGGGGGGGGGGGGGGGGGGGGGGGGGGGGGGGGGGGGGGGGGGGGGGGGGGGGGGGGGGGGGGGGGGGGGGGGGGGGGGGGGGGGGGGGGGGGGGGGGGGGGGGGGGGGGGGGGGGGGGGGGGGGGGGGGGGGGGGGGGGGGGGGGGGGGGGGGGGGGGGGGGGGGGGGGGGGGGGGGGGGGGGGGGGGGGGGGGGGGGGGGGGGGGGGGGGGGGGGGGGGGGGGGGGGGGGGGGGGGGGGGGGGGGGGGGGGGGGGGGGGGGGGGGGGGGGGGGGGGGGGGGGGGGGGGGGGGGGGGGGGGGGGGGGGGGGGGGGGGGGGGGGGGGGGGGGGGGGGGGGGGGGGGGGGGGGGGGGGGGGGGGGGGGGGGGGGGGGGGGGGGGGGGGGGGGGGGGGGGGGGGGGGGGGGGGGGGGGGGGGGGGGGGGGGGGGGGGGGGGGGGGGGGGGGGGGGGGGGGGGGGGGGGGGGGGGGGGGGGGGGGGGGGGGGGGGGGGGGGGGGGGGGGGGGGGGGGGGGGGGGGGGGGGGGGGGGGGGGGGGGGGGGGGGGGGGGGGGGGGGGGGGGGGGGGGGGGGGGGGGGGGGGGGGGGGGGGGGGGGGGGGGGGGGGGGGGGGGGGGGGGGGGGGGGGGGGGGGGGGGGGGGGGGGGGGGGGGGGGGGGGGGGGGGGGGGGGGGGGGGGGGGGGGGGGGGGGGGGGGGGGGGGGGGGGGGGGGGGGGGGGGGGGGGGGGGGGGGGGGGGGGGGGGGGGGGGGGGGGGGGGGGGGGGGGGGGGGGGGGGGGGGGGGGGGGGGGGGGGGGGGGGGGGGGGGGGGGGGGGGGGGGGGGGGGGGGGGGGGGGGGGGGGGGGGGGGGGGGGGGGGGGGGGGGGGGGGGGGGGGGGGGGGGGGGGGGGGGGGGGGGGGGGGGGGGGGGGGGGGGGGGGGGGGGGGGGGGGGGGGGGGGGGGGGGGGGGGGGGGGGGGGGGGGGGGGGGGGGGGGGGGGGGGGGGGGGGGGGGGGGGGGGGGGGGGGGGGGGGGGGGGGGGGGGGGGGGGGGGGGGGGGGGGGGGGGGGGGGGGGGGGGGGGGGGGGGGGGGGGGGGGGGGGGGGGGGGGGGGGGGGGGGGGGGGGGGGGGGGGGGGGGGGGGGGGGGGGGGGGGGGGGGGGGGGGGGGGGGGGGGGGGGGGGGGGGGGGGGGGGGGGGGGGGGGGGGGGGGGGGGGGGGGGGGGGGGGGGGGGGGGGGGGGGGGGGGGGGGGGGGGGGGGGGGGGGGGGGGGGGGGGGGGGGGGGGGGGGGGGGGGGGGGGGGGGGGGGGGGGGGGGGGGGGGGGGGGGGGGGGGGGGGGGGGGGGGGGGGGGGGGGGGGGGGGGGGGGGGGGGGGGGGGGGGGGGGGGGGGGGGGGGGGGGGGGGGGGGGGGGGGGGGGGGGGGGGGGGGGGGGGGGGGGGGGGGGGGGGGGGGGGGGGGGGGGGGGGGGGGGGGGGGGGGGGGGGGGGGGGGGGGGGGGGGGGGGGGGGGGGGGGGGGGGGGGGGGGGGGGGGGGGGGGGGGGGGGGGGGGGGGGGGGGGGGGGGGGGGGGGGGGGGGGGGGGGGGGGGGGGGGGGGGGGGGGGGGGGGGGGGGGGGGGGGGGGGGGGGGGGGGGGGGGGGGGGGGGGGGGGGGGGGGGGGGGGGGGGGGGGGGGGGGGGGGGGGGGGGGGGGGGGGGGGGGGGGGGGGGGGGGGGGGGGGGGGGGGGGGGGGGGGGGGGGGGGGGGGGGGGGGGGGGGGGGGGGGGGGGGGGGGGGGGGGGGGGGGGGGGGGGGGGGGGGGGGGGGGGGGGGGGGGGGGGGGGGGGGGGGGGGGGGGGGGGGGGGGGGGGGGGGGGGGGGGGGGGGGGGGGGGGGGGGGGGGGGGGGGGGGGGGGGGGGGGGGGGGGGGGGGGGGGGGGGGGGGGGGGGGGGGGGGGGGGGGGGGGGGGGGGGGGGGGGGGGGGGGGGGGGGGGGGGGGGGGGGGGGGGGGGGGGGGGGGGGGGGGGGGGGGGGGGGGGGGGGGGGGGGGGGGGGGGGGGGGGGGGGGGGGGGGGGGGGGGGGGGGGGGGGGGGGGGGGGGGGGGGGGGGGGGGGGGGGGGGGGGGGGGGGGGGGGGGGGGGGGGGGGGGGGGGGGGGGGGGGGGGGGGGGGGGGGGGGGGGGGGGGGGGGGGGGGGGGGGGGGGGGGGGGGGGGGGGGGGGGGGGGGGGGGGGGGGGGGGGGGGGGGGGGGGGGGGGGGGGGGGGGGGGGGGGGGGGGGGGGGGGGGGGGGGGGGGGGGGGGGGGGGGGGGGGGGGGGGGGGGGGGGGGGGGGGGGGGGGGGGGGGGGGGGGGGGGGGGGGGGGGGGGGGGGGGGGGGGGGGGGGGGGGGGGGGGGGGGGGGGGGGGGGGGGGGGGGGGGGGGGGGGGGGGGGGGGGGGGGGGGGGGGGGGGGGGGGGGGGGGGGGGGGGGGGGGGGGGGGGGGGGGGGGGGGGGGGGGGGGGGGGGGGGGGGGGGGGGGGGGGGGGGGGGGGGGGGGGGGGGGGGGGGGGGGGGGGGGGGGGGGGGGGGGGGGGGGGGGGGGGGGGGGGGGGGGGGGGGGGGGGGGGGGGGGGGGGGGGGGGGGGGGGGGGGGGGGGGGGGGGGGGGGGGGGGGGGGGGGGGGGGGGGGGGGGGGGGGGGGGGGGGGGGGGGGGGGGGGGGGGGGGGGGGGGGGGGGGGGGGGGGGGGGGGGGGGGGGGGGGGGGGGGGGGGGGGGGGGGGGGGGGGGGGGGGGGGGGGGGGGGGGGGGGGGGGGGGGGGGGGGGGGGGGGGGGGGGGGGGGGGGGGGGGGGGGGGGGGGGGGGGGGGGGGGGGGGGGGGGGGGGGGGGGGGGGGGGGGGGGGGGGGGGGGGGGGGGGGGGGGGGGGGGGGGGGGGGGGGGGGGGGGGGGGGGGGGGGGGGGGGGGGGGGGGGGGGGGGGGGGGGGGGGGGGGGGGGGGGGGGGGGGGGGGGGGGGGGGGGGGGGGGGGGGGGGGGGGGGGGGGGGGGGGGGGGGGGGGGGGGGGGGGGGGGGGGGGGGGGGGGGGGGGGGGGGGGGGGGGGGGGGGGGGGGGGGGGGGGGGGGGGGGGGGGGGGGGGGGGGGGGGGGGGGGGGGGGGGGGGGGGGGGGGGGGGGGGGGGGGGGGGGGGGGGGGGGGGGGGGGGGGGGGGGGGGGGGGGGGGGGGGGGGGGGGGGGGGGGGGGGGGGGGGGGGGGGGGGGGGGGGGGGGGGGGGGGGGGGGGGGGGGGGGGGGGGGGGGGGGGGGGGGGGGGGGGGGGGGGGGGGGGGGGGGGGGGGGGGGGGGGGGGGGGGGGGGGGGGGGGGGGGGGGGGGGGGGGGGGGGGGGGGGGGGGGGGGGGGGGGGGGGGGGGGGGGGGGGGGGGGGGGGGGGGGGGGGGGGGGGGGGGGGGGGGGGGGGGGGGGGGGGGGGGGGGGGGGGGGGGGGGGGGGGGGGGGGGGGGGGGGGGGGGGGGGGGGGGGGGGGGGGGGGGGGGGGGGGGGGGGGGGGGGGGGGGGGGGGGGGGGGGGGGGGGGGGGGGGGGGGGGGGGGGGGGGGGGGGGGGGGGGGGGGGGGGGGGGGGGGGGGGGGGGGGGGGGGGGGGGGGGGGGGGGGGUCGGAUUGGGCUGGGGUGAUAGGGGGCGGUGUUGAGGGCGGAUGA